UUGAUACGUCGACUUUCGCUUCCCGGAUUCGCCAACUUACUACGCUGCUUCAGGCCCAAGUUAUUGCUAGACACUAUUCAAAAUUUCAGUGCUUCGUAACGGUCGGCGUAUCAGUGAACAUGGCAGCACAUGGACUUCUGAUCGGGUACGCGGCCAUACUGCUGCCCCAGCUCCGCCAACCUGACUCCAUCAUCCCUAUAGACGACGCUUCUGGCUCCUGGAUUGCCUCAAUCCUGGGAUUCGCUCUCGUAGCGGGUAACUUUAUAGUGCCCACCAUCAUGGCCAAAUGCGGCAGAAGAACUGCCAACCUGGCCAGCCUGGUGCCAAUGCUCGUUGGCUGGUUCUGCAUCAUCCUUGCAACGAAUAUAACUACACUCCUCAUCGCCAGGCUGUUCCAGGGCCUUGCCAUGGGUAUGAGCGCUUCUCUCGGACCAGUAUUAAUAGCAGAAUACACCAGCCCAAGAAACAGAGGCGCUUUCCUCACAUUCAUAUCACUAUCGAUAGCGACAGGAGUUCUUUGUGUUCAUACUCUUGGAUCCUUCCUUACAUGGCAAGCGACUGCUUUGGUGAAUGCUUUCCUAGUUUUCGGGAAUCUGUUGAUAGUGAUGUACUCUCCCGAAUCACCAAGUUGGUUAGCUGAUCAAGGAAGAUACAAUGAGUGCAGACAAGUGUUCCACUGGCUGAGAGGUAACAACGAAGAUGAGGAAUUAGCAAAAAUAAUAGAAGCCAGCAAAAUGAUCAGAGAAGCCAAAGAAUUUGAAAACAUAUCAGACACUUUUGCUAAGAAAUUAAGGAGUAAUUUAGCGUAUAUGAAUACGACAGUUAGGAAGAAAGAGUUCUACAAACCAAUAUUCAUAAUGAUUCACAUUUACACUUUAGGCCAAUGGGCUGGAGCGAACGUUAUAUCUGCAUACACAAUUGAUAUUUUCACAAACAUUAUUGGGCCUAAAGCAAAUUUUCCUGUGAUGAUGAUCACGCUUGAUAUUCAGAGAAUUCUUUCGAAUACCAUGGCUGUUUUUGUUAUUAGGAAAGUCAAGCGUCGGACUAUGUUAUUGGUAAGUGUUGGAAUAAAUUUAUUCGCGUUUCUUUCUCUAGCAGCUUACACAUAUUGCAAAACACAUAACCUAUUGCUUUUCGAUCACCCAGCCAUUGGAAUUGGCUUAAUUCACAUACACAUGUUCUCAAUAGCAACUGGUACAGUCCCCUUACCAUUUAUCAUUGCGGGGGAAGUAUUUCCAUUAGAAUACCGAAGUUUGGCUGGUGGUAUAAGCGUUCUUUUCUUGUCGAUCAAUCUAUUUAUUACGGUCAAAACAGUUCCCUAUUUAUUCAAUACAAUAGGUAUUUAUGGAGCUUAUGUUUUAUAUGCUUGUGUUGUGGGUUAUUGCCUGGUGGUUUCUCUGGUAUUUCUGCCAGAGACCAAGGACAGGACAUUGCAAGAAAUUGAGGAUGAAUUCCGAGGCAGACCGCUGUCUCCGGAAGAGUUGUCAUUUACGCAAUCUCUGACUUAUUUGAAGCAAUAUAAUACGGACAGACGGUUUAGCAGUCCUCUUAUAUGAUUUUGUUCAUAUAAGAUUGAUUAAGAGUGAUUAACACCUUCAAACUUCAAACACCUUUGAGAGCAUUAUGGAGAACUCUCAGGCUUGCAGGUUUCCUCUGUUUUCCUUCACCGUCAAAGCAAGUGAUAUUAAAUCGUUUAAAACUCACGUAUGGCUCCGAGGUUAAAUUUAUGCGUGAACGGGAUCGAACCUCCGACCUCUUGCACGUCUUAACUGCUAGGCUAUCACGACUCCAAAUUGAAUGUCUAAAUCUAAUUGACAUUUAAUUUAACGUCAAAACUGACGUGAUAUGUACGUCUAUUUUAAGGUUUACAGAAUAACUUAUUAUAAUAUUAUGUUAUUAAGCUUAUUAUAAUUAUUCCGUUUAUUAACCCUAAGAGCCCGGCCACAUAUCAAGUGAUUACAUACUCUUUGCACAUAUGGCGGAGCGCAGC